CUCUCUCACCUUAUCCAUCUUUAUCUCUGGCACUGACCAACCAGCUCUCCAGAGCUAAGGAGGAGUAGAGACAGACUAGACUGCAAGGGAUUGACAGACAGAAGGACAGACAGACAGAGUGACGGGUCCUCGUUGGGGACCGGGAAAAAAGUUGAGGACAUUUCCGUAGUGAAUGACAGCUGAGAGAGAGAGGGGUCCUGUGUAAUGGCCGGCUGUGACAGCAGUGUUUCCAUGGCUCUGGAUGGUUUCAACAAUCUCCUACACAAACUGAGGGAGUCCCACGACCGAGAGGUCCAAAAAUGGCAAGAGAAAUUGCAGGAGCUAACCAAUAAAAAGGGCUGUGACACCAAGAGAAUGGAGGAACUGUUCAACAGGAACCAACAGCUGAGAGAGCAGCAGAGGUUACUCACAGACAACAUCAAACAGCUGGAAAACAGGUUGAGGGCGGGGCUGUGUGACAGGUGUACUGUGACUCAGGAUGUGGCCAAGCGCCGGCAGCAGGAGUAUGAGACCUCUCAGAUCCAGAGCCUACAGCACAUCUCCAUCCUGGCUGGAGAGAUGAACAUGAUGAAAAAGGAGAACCAGCGGCUGCGAGAGGAAGUCAGGCAUCUGAGAGUGACACUAGAAGGUCAGAGUGGACAUUCCUCCUCCCAGGAUGCAACUCCAGAGGUCAGAUAUUCGGCUGACCUUUCACCUUCUGCUAUGCCACACAUCCUCACAGCCAUCAGGUCUUUUAACCAGACACCAGAGGGCGCCACUGCAGGGCUGUCCAUAGUGAAGACUGAGACAGACCACAGCCUCUCUCUUAGAGUUGACGAGACACUACCUGAAUGCAGAGAUGUGAGGGGAUUGAAUGGAAAACAAUCCUAUGAAUCCCAUAAGCUCCUAUCCAUGUCCACUCCCAUCACACAAGCAUUGAGGCCAGAGCACAGUACAGCCAGAGGCAACGCUGGGCAGAAGAGAGCCCAUAGUGUGGAGGUGGUUGGUCAGCAACGCUCCCCUGUCGCUCCCACCAUUCCACACCCCCUACUUGUCCAGAAAGACAGGCAUCUCCCCUCUUCAUCCUCCUUCUCAUCCUCCUUAUCCACCUCUUCCUCUCUACCUGGAGAUGAGAAGCACAGCCGUCACCUGGUCCAUGCUCCAGUCCCUUACUGGCCGCACCCAAUCAAAAGUGCCCGUCUCUCCCUCCCCUGGCCCCUGCCGGAGCACUCCGACUGGGUCACCGUGGCCACCUCUGUGGACGACAGUUUGGUGUCCCAAUCCAAACAUAACCCCAACCUACCACGCUUCCCCAAUCUACAGACCUACGUCCAGCAGAACAGCAGCCUUGGGAAGGCCUGGCUCAAGCCCAGCCACCCUCCCCAAGCCAGCCUGACCAGGAGUCUGUCCACUGAGCACGGAGAGAGACCAACAGCAUGGGUACAGGACCAUGACAGGAGGGUGGCACCACACUCGUGGAGGGAGGCAGUGGUGCAGGCAGAGAUGGUGUUCGGGGAGAGUCUGAAAGAGGCUGACUGUCCUCUGGACCUGUCUGAUCCUGGGAGGUCCAAAAGCAUUAAGUCGCUACAGGACAGGAAGGCCAGCCCCACGCUACAGGACAGCAAGGCCAGCCCCACGCUACAGGACAGCAAGGCCAGCCCCACGCUACAGGACAGCAAGGCCAGCCCCACGCUACAGGACAGCAAGGCCAGCCCCACGCUACAGGACAGCAAGGCCAGCCCCACGCUACAGGACAUGUACAUAGAAGGGGAGACAUCUAACAGGACCACCAGGACAGACUCCCCGCCACAGAGCCAGGCCUGUCCCCCCUCUUCCUCAUCCUCCUCUUCCUCCACACCUGCUCUUCCUUCAUCUUCCUCUUCUACACGUCCCACCAGCCAACAGAGACAAAGCCCCUACAACCACAACCUUAAGGAGGAAGAGCAGCCAGAGAAGGAGGAAGCUGAGGGGAAAGUAGAUCAAAAGACAGGAAAGGACUCUGAGGACAGGAAAGUCCCUGUUCUGACCAUCUCAUUGCGCCCAGUGGUGCUCCUUGAGGCUCUGAAUUCUGGAUUGCAGAAGCAACUCUUCUCCAACGGCAAGUCAGGGAGCAGAUCAGACCACCAGGAAGUGGAAGGCAGUCUGUCUGAGUCAGAGAGCAGCCAGAGAUCCAAGAGGACUGGGCUGGACACAGAGGUUCGAUGUCAGAAAGAGGAACAAGGCAUUGUGGUCCCCAGGAGGACCUCUCUCAGCUGUGUUCCACCCUGACUGCAACGGAGAUGACGCCCUCACGGGGACAGAGGGGCAGGCAGUACCAAAGACUUGGACAGAACGUCUUCCAUCUGACUGUUGUCCUCAUGGUUCUAGCUAGUGGGCUUUAUUCAUUUCAAUGGAAUAACCUUGAUAAUGACUAACUAGAUAAUAACAUUGUGAUACAUAUUGAAUCCUCCUCCAACUGAUAAAGAUUUUCCUUCACACUGACUUCCUGCUGUCGUCUCUGAAGGGGAAUAAGUGUGCUGCAGCAAAUACUUUAUUUUCCUCUCUCUCUCUCUCUCUCUCUCUCUCUCUCUCUCUCUCUCUCUCUCUCUCCCUCUCUCUCUCUCUCUCUCUCUCUCUCUCUCUCUCUCUC